AUCAAAUCCUCAUCGAAGUCCGUCUCUCACACGCAACAAUGGAGGAUCCGAUCACCGCCGCUGAGAAUAGCGUCCUUCAACGCCGCAUCCAAACGCUAGCUCUCCACUUCCCCUCUCCCUCCUCCUCCUCCUCCGGCGAUCUCCUACCCUUACCGUGCGGUUACCGUAAGCUCACCGUCAACACCUCCGACCUCUUAAAUUACAUGAAGGGCGAGCACAGAGAGAUUCAAGAAAAGAUCUUUGAUUACUUUCGAUCUCAUCCAGAGCUCCAGACUCCGAUCGAGAUAUCGACGGCGGAGCAUCGAGAGCUCUGCAUGCGGCAGCUCAGGCCUUUUCGGUACGUGGUUGACGAUCCUUCGCUGUAUUUUGCGAUCGUUGAGGCUGCUGGUGGGAUUGAUAUCUCGUUGGGAAUCAAGAUGGGGGUUCAGUACAGUCUUUGGGGAGGUUCUGUAUUAAACUUAGGCACAAAAAAGCACAAGGAUAAGUACUUUGAUGGGAUCGAUAACCUGGACUACCCUGGAUGUUUUGCAAUGACAGAACUCCAUCAUGGCUCCAAUGUCCAAGGCCUCCAGACUACUGCCACAUUUGACCCUGUAACUGACGAAUUUAUAUUGGACACACCCCACGAUGGGGCAAUUAAAUGGUGGAUUGGCAAUGCAGCGGUCCAUGGAAAGUUUGCAACAGUCUUUGCCAGGUUAAUCUUGCCCUUUCAAGGAAAAGGUGGAGAAUCUGCUGACAUGGGAGUUCAUGCAUUCAUUGUCCCCAUAAGAGACAUGGAGACUCAUCUGCCUCUUCCUGGUAUUGAAAUCCAUGACUGUGGCCACAAAAUAGGCCUCAAUGGUGUUGACAAUGGUGCACUUCGAUUUAAAUCUGUGAGAGUUCCUCGAGAUAAUCUCUUGAACCGGUUUGGGGAUGUUGCUCGUGAUGGAAAAUAUACCAGCAGUCUUCCAACCAUCAACAAAAGAUUUGCUGCUACCUUAGGGGAACUUGUUGGAGGGAGAGUUGGUCUGGCCUAUUCCUCAGUAAGUGUUCUGAAGACUGCAACCACUAUUGCAGUGAGAUACUCUCUACUGCGCCAGCAGUUUGGUCCUCCUAAGAAACCCGAGGUCAGUAUAUUGGACUACCAAUCUCAGCAGCACAAGUUGAUGCCAAUGCUAGCCUCAGCAUAUGGAUUCCAUUUUGCUACACGAUAUUUGGUGGAUAAGUACUCUGAGAUGAAGAAAUCUCAUGAUGAGGAGGUCGUUGGUGAUGUUCAUGCUCUCUCUGCCGGCUUGAAGGCUUACAUAACCUCAUUUACAGCUAAGUCAUUGAGUGUGUGCAGAGAAGCUUGUGGUGGCCAUGGUUAUGCUGCUGUAAACCGGUUUGGUAUUCUGAGGAAUGAUCAUGAUAUAUUUCAAACAUUUGAAGGAGACAACACUGUUCUUCUGCAACAGGUUGCUGCUGACUUGUUGAAGCAAUACACGGAAAAAUUUCAAGGAGGGACUCUUAGUGUCACAUGGAACUACUUGCGGGACUCUAUGUCCUCAUAUUUGUCCCAACCAAACCCAGUAACUGCUCGUUGGGAAGGAGAAGACCAUUUGAGGAAUCCUAACUUCCAGCUGGAUGCUUUUAGAUACCGAACAUCUCGAUUGCUCCAAAGUGUUGCUGUACGUCUCCGCAAGCAUACAAAGACACUUGGAGGAUUCGGUGCUUGGAACAGAUGUUUGAACCAUUUGCUCACACUUGCAGAGUCACACAUUGAGUCGGUUAUUCUUGCCAAGUUCAUUGAUUCUGUCCAACGCUGCCCUGAUAGCAACACACGUGAGGUUCUGAAGCUGGUUUGCGAUCUCUAUGCCUUGGAUCGGAUCUGGAAGGACAUCGGCACUUACCGCAAUGUGGAUUACGUAGCUCCUAACAAAGCUAAGGCAAUCCACAAGCUGACUGAUUACCUAAGUUUCCAAGUGAAGGGGAUCGCAAGAGAACUAGUAGAUGCAUUUGAUUUGCCAGAUCAUGUUACUCGUGCACCCAUCGGAAUGACAUCAGAAGCUUAUGCUCACUAUACACAAUAUGUGGGAUUCUAGUAUGGAAAGAGUUGAAUUCUCAAAGUUAAAAGGGCAAUGAUUUCUCCAAUACUGACCAAUACAUAAAGAGUAAACUCAGCUGCGGCAGGAGGUCAAUGCUGAAGGGUGCCUUGCUGUUGUGUUUUUAUCCAAAAGCUUUGAAGAAUUAACCUUUGCCGAUUCUUGCUUAAAAUCAGAGAAAAAAAGAGUCAUAAGUUAGCCACACUUUAUGCAAGUAAUAAAAAUCAGAGAAAAAAGAGUCAUAAGUUAGCCACACUUUAUGUGGUAAUAAAGGCCAUCCUGCGAGGAGAAAACUGUAUAAUGGUGAUGAGUUUAUAUGUGGAACAUACUCUUACGCAACAAGUCAAUACGAAUGAAAGUAUGUCAAUAUACUGUGUAUGUUGUGUGGGGAGACUUCCAUGACAGCUUUUCCCCUUUAUUACUUAUUUUGUGCCACUAAUAUUCCUUCA